AUGAACUACCUCCGUGGUGCCGUCAGUGCAACCUACCAGUACUACAAGGACAUCAACCCUUCAACGCUCACCGGCGCGAUCGACGUCAUCGUUGUACGGAGACAGGCCAACGACGGAGAUGUCCACUUAGCUUGCUCACCGUUUCAUGUUCGAUUCGGAAAGCUGCAGGUACUUCGACCAGCUGAUAAAAAGGUCAAUGUCUCUGUCAAUGGCAAUCCGAUUCCGUUCAGCAUGAAGAUCGGAGACGCCGGAGAGGCUUUCUUCGUCUUCGAAACUGAGGAAGAUAUCCCAGAAGACCUUGUCACCAGUCCACUGCUCACUGCGACAUCUACCACCCCGCAGAAGGACAUCGCACCCGUUGCGCUCGACGUUAAGUCAAGUCAGGCCGAAAUACCGCACAUCGGAUCGAAGCCAGACAUCCCGGAACCAGAAUUCCUGGAUCUAGAUGCUACGUCCAGCGAACAGGCUGCGUCCCAUCGUCAACGCGUACGCUCGGUACCUGAGCCGGCUCAGUCCGAUGUCGUACCAGUCCCCGCUGAAGGCGAAGGUACCGCACCCGAUGUCCAGUACAAAGACGACGUGGCUCUCGACAUAACCGGGUAUCAUUCGGAUCCAACGCAGCCGAAGAGGCGCGAAGGCGACCGAUCUAAUGAGCGAAUACUACCUCACUCAUAUGAAGGCAACGAAACAGGCUAUACUCCGCCACGUUUGCAAGAAUAUUCCUGGGAAUGGGGUUCAUUCCCUCAGCCUUCCCCAGUCCAGACCCACUUUACACCUUCCUUCGUUAAAGGCAAAUCUAAAGCCAUAGAUGAUACACAAGACGAUUCUGAAGACAGCGAUCGCGGUCUCAUGCGUAGUCGAAGCGUGCCACCCGAACUCGAAGGUAGUCCACAUUCGGUUCGCAUGUCUCUCCCUCCCAUUGCGUCGGAUGCAGACAAUGAUGCCCCUUGCGAACGCAACUUUACCUUGUAUACCGAACCAGAAGAAUUUGGCGCUGGUGGCAGGCUCGCGGCCUCUCGUUCGGACCCGACUAAAUUCCGGCUCAGUCUCGUGGAAAGACCAGGAGUGUUCCACGGGCGUGACGAAGUCGAAACAGCGCGUGCUUUUGAGGCUGGGAUUAUAGAUUACUACCGCUUCUGGAAUGGCGGACAAUACAUCACGCGGGAAGAUCGAUCUCCGUUAAUGGAUGCCUUAAACAUGUGGCGUGCAUCCUCUCCUCCGGAGGGUCUCAUAGAUGACUCCCCGUCCCCCUCGCCAUCGCAAGUUCAGUCUCCCUCAUCUUCGGACGAGGAGGAGUUGAGGCGCUCGGAAUUCAGACCACCAGCUCCACUCCCUGGGAGGUCGGCGACAAUGUCCAGUAGCUGGGUGAGGUGGUGGAGUCGAAGUAAAGAUAUACCUGAGGCAGAGAGACCUGUUCUCCGAGAAGCGACAACGAUUCCGUUUCAUGCAAAGUUUCCACAUAGCCCCUCCGCAACCACUGGCAAACCAGCAUCAGCACCACCGGGCACACCCGCAGCGACCCAAUCACCCGUCCCGAAACCCGUAGACCAGCCCAUCCCCACGAAACCGGAAGCGCGGAAGAGGUAUGCAAAGACCCUCCGAUUGACAUCUGAUCAACUUAAAGCACUGGAUUUGAAAUUAGGUACUAAUACGAUCACGUUCUCAUUAACGACAGGAGGGGCACCAGCGUGUACGGCUCGGAUUUUUGUCUGGGAAGCGACCGACAGAAUUGUGGUAUCUGAUAUCGACGGAACGAUCACCAAGUCUGACGGUCUCGGUCACAUAUUCACCAUGAUCGGACGAGACUGGACACAUUCUGGUGUGGCGAAGCUGUACAAUGAUAUCGUGCGAAACGGGUACAAGAUUAUGUAUCUCACCUCUCGAGCGAUUGGACAGGCAGAUUCGACGCGAGAUUAUCUUAAAGGUAUCAAGCAGGACGAUUUUCAGCUUCCCGAGGGACCCGUGGUCCUGAGUCCGGAUAGAGUCAUUGCGUCGCUGCAUAGAGAGGUAAUUAUGCGGAAGCCCGAGGUAUUCAAGAUGGCGCAGUCUCGGACACCAUUUUAUGCUGGCUUCGGGAACCGAAUCACGGACGCCCUGUCGUAUCGAAGCGUCAACAUUCCCUCAUCGCGCAUAUUCACCAUUGACUCGAGUAGCAUAGUCAAGAUGGAACUCCUCGAGUUGACAGGGUAUAAAUCAUCAUACAUCCACAUGACGGAUCUCGUUGACCAGAUGUUCCCGCCCAUUCACAGGAAAUGGGAAACCGAGUUUACGGACUUUAAUUUCUGGAAGACCCCGGUACAGGAGUUCCCGCUGCCGGAUUUGACACCGCCUUCACCUGCACUGAGCGCGCGGUCCGACACGUCUGGAAAGAGCGCGCUCGCUCGCCUACGGAAUUUUAGUAUCGGGGGAAGACAAUCGAUUUCGCUGACGGCCCCAUCGCUGACCCGUGGGGGGGCAGGAACGCCAGCUGAAGUUGGCACUGGCGGUGCUGGGGUUCUCGGGCAGCGAAGUACGCAUCUGCGUCAGAUGUCUUCGCUCGAGAAGCUCAGCAGUCGGCUGUCAGCGCUGGCGCUGUCAUCGUCGCCAUCUACUUUGGUAGAGAGUGGUGAAGAAAGUCUCCAAUCACGCUCGUCAGCUUCGUCGACAAUGUUAGAUUCGGAUGAAGAGGGCGAGGUAGACGUGGAAGGAGGUGGUACUUUGAAGAGGGACAGAAGAAGAUUACGAAGCACGAGCGUGACGAGUAUGCCUGGAUCACUAGACAACGACGAGCAAUUUAUGAUGGACGAAGAGGAGGAGGAAGGAACCCAUGAGUAUGAUGAGGAAGAGAAUGGAGAUGAGUUUGUGGAGGAGGCCGCAGAGGAGGAGUUUGACAGAGACUUCCUUGCCACUACUGAGAUGAAGAACGUUCCGUUCUUGUGAUGGGUUUCUGAGAGGUUUAGACAUCAACUGUCUUGGGAGGACUUCAUGCCAGUAACUAAUUAAACCGGAGUUAUUAUAAUGGCAUACUUGUAGAUCAUCACUCCGGAAUUUACAUCACCUCGGAGUCAUCGAUUGCAUUGGACGAUCUAUAGUCUGUUUAUGAAAACCAUCGC